GUUGCAUAAUAACAAUUUUCUCAAAAUGUAAAUGACACUAUUUAUUAGAAGAAUAUAGAAGAAUAAAAAUUAUGAAAAUUUAAGUGAUUUAGAAGUGCUCUUGAUAAAAACGAUUUUUUAUUGAACAAAUUAUUGAAUUAUGUAUGACAGAGCUCCAAGGUUCAGUAAACAUAUCAAUACAACUCCUGAAAAUGUUGGACCUGCUACUUACCUCUUGUCUGAUAUUUUUGAUCAAACCACCAACUGUCAGUGUGGGGCUGGGUGGAACCACUAUACAAAACAGAGCACCAAGGUUCUAUUACAGAGAAAAAGAUUACAUCGCUGGACCAGAUUUGACAAGAGAGGCAAAGAAGCUGCAUGGACAUAUUCAACGAGGCACUCCUCCUCGCAACAGCUCAACUAAAGUGACGACUAUCCCUGAGAAAGGAGCUGAAGGAUAUCUGGACACUGAGGAUGGACUGGUCAAGAUAUACAACCCUCCGGAGAAUAAACCUGUUGGUCCAACAACUUACUACAAUCCAAAGGGACACGAUAACUUCACGACUUUGCAGUACAAAGGUAAUUUCUGGUCUCAUAAGACAGCAACAAGGUUUAAAUACAAAAUAUCUGAUGGGCCUAGUCCAGCAGACUAUUCUAUCAAUGAAAAGCAGGAAUCUCCAUGGAAGAAAUGCCAAGAGCAGCUACGGAGUAGGAAUCAAGCCAACGCACCUUCGCUUAGACAUGAUGAUGUUCUUCUUCGAAAACUUUGCAGAGAGAAUCUGCCAGGGCCUGGGGCUUACUCUCAAAAUGACUCACAUUUGAAAAAGUGUGAAUGUGGAGUUGGGGGAACAUUCUCUAAAGCAAAGUUACGGUAUGUUUAUCUCAUACCAAACAACAUUGUGAAAUUCCAGCGAGGGAGUUUACACCGUACUGACGAUGACGGGCCGGGACCAGCAGCCUACUGUGAUCCUAGGUCCUCCAUAGAGAGAGCUCUCCCUACAGUGUCUCCUUUCAACAUAACAGCACACCGCUUUGCUCCAUCACACCAAGGCCCACUUCCAGGACCAGCUGAUUACACCCCAAAAUUUGGACUGUGGAAUGAAGUGAAGAAGAGGGAAAACUCCAGAUAUUCCCAGUUUUCAGCUCCUUUUGACAGUAGCUCAAGUAGGAACACUGGAACUACAAAACCUGAUGUUUUGUGUAUCCCAGGACCAGACUUGUACUACCCGAAGUUCCAGCAAAAGGGAGACAAAAACCAAAGCUCUAUGUUUGCCUCAGGGGUAGAAAGAGGUCUCAGCAUUGUAAAUCAGAAUUUGCCAGGACCAAAUACAUAUUCUGUGAGUGAAUCCAUUAAGCUGCUGUCUUCCCACACGAGCCAUUUGCAACAGAAAUGCUCAGCAUUUUUGACUUCGAGUGAGAGAAUAAAACCACUGAGAAGAUCCUAUAGCCCAGGUCCAGACACUUAUGACACAACUCAAUCGUCUUUGAAUUCAAAAUCUGGAGUUAUUGGAAUGAAAUUAAGAAGCAAAACUGUUGAAAUUACUCCGGGACCUGCUCAAUACAGGAUCCAUCCCAAAUAUGCAACUUCUAGAGUAUUGGAUACCAGCAAUGUGUCAUUAAAACACGCGCCCAAGGGAAGAAAAAACAAAAAGAAGCCUAAGAGAGGGAAAAAUGAUCAGUUGUUGUAAUGCAAUUGAGGUGUUUUCCAUCUUCUCCAUUUCCAACUUCCAACUAGACUUUGCUCUCUGGAUUGUCUUUAGGUUGUUACCAAUAAAAUUGACAUUGUUUCAAUAUCUGUGAGGAUUAUGUUUAAUCUAUGGAUUUACCUAGAAGAAAGCAAAUACAUAUUAUUCCUACGCAC